UACACAGAAGAAGACGAAGAGCUUGAAACGAAACAUUCUUUCGACUGUAUCAACUUCUGCAGCUCAACAUACGCAAAAUGACUUGUUUUAUGAAUUUCUUUACGUUUAUUUUCAAGGUAGUAACGUUGCCACUACAAUUAAUGGAAGUGGUUGGCAUAUAUGGCAUCUACAAGCGUUUCUUUCCAUUUCUAAUUUACAAGAUAUCUUUCACCUACAACAAGAAAAUGAACGACAAAAAGAAGGAUCUUUUCAGCAAUCUCUCAGAGUUCACCAAAGGCAAUGGCCCGCUUCGCAUUUUGGAGAUCGGUUGCGGAAGCGGGGCUAACUUUGAAUUCUACCCGUCUGGUUGCAAGGUGGUUUGCACCGACCCCAAUCCUCACUUCGAGAAGUAUCUACAAAAAAGUCUGGCUGUCAAUGAUCACCUAACAUUUGAAAGAUUUGUGGUCGCUUCCGGAGAGGACAUGGGGGCAGUGAAAGAUGACUCUGUGGACGUUGUCGUCAGCACGCUGGUGCUGUGUUCUGUCAACAACAUACCGCGAACAUUGCAGGAGGCGCAUCGCAUAUUGAGGCCUGGUGGUGCUCUGUACUUUUUAGAGCAUGUAGUGGCAGACCCAUCCUCUUGGACAUACUUCUUCCAGCACGUCCUCCAGCCGAUAUGGUACUACUUUGGGGAUGGAUGUGAAGUAGUCAGGGCGACAUGGAAACAUCUGGAGACUGCUGGGUUCUCUGAGCUCAAACUGAGGCACAUCGAGGCACCACUCAACUUCAUGAUCAAACCACAUAUUAUAGGCUAUGCUGUCAAGUAAAGUUUGACAAAAAAAAAUCAAAAAAGCACUUGCACAUCUGAGUUAUCUCGUUGCAAGUGUGUGGGGAAUAAUGUGAUGACGGUUUAAAGAAAAAAUAAACCCGCACAGUGCUCUUGCUUGUAUCACUUGUUCCUAUGCAGGCUUUAAUAUAAUACGUCAUAAGCAAGAGUGCGGGUUUCUCUUUUCUUUACAGUAAAGUUUGAUACAAAUCUCUGGUCUUAGGCCUAUCCCAGCAACUGUUUAAAAAUAAUUGUUGACACUUAUGUAUUCAGUGUAAUUUUAUAACCCAUAUUUUACCAGGUAAGUUGACUCAGAACACGUUAUUAUUUAACUUGGGGAAUAGCUAUUGGGGAUGAAUGAGCCAAUUGGAAGCUAGGUAUGAUUAGAUGGCCAUGACAGUCAGAUUGGGAAUUUAGCCAGGACACUGGGGUUAACAUCACUGCUCUUACAAUAAGUGCCAUGGGAUUCAGGACACCUGUUUAACGUCCCAUCCAAAAGACUGCACCCUACACAGGGCAAUAUCCGUAAUCGCUGCCCUGGGAUACUUUUAUUGACCAGAGGAUAGAGUGCCUCCUACUGGCCCUCCAACACAACUUCCAGCAGCAACUGGUCUCCCAUCCAGGGAAUGACCAGUCCAACCCUGCUUAGCUUCAGAGGAAAGCCAGCAGCAUACCACUGUGUUAUAUUGGUUUUGGGCACUUUUCUUAAAAAGAGUUAUUCAAAAAAAGUACUUAAAAUGGCAUAUACAGGGAGUGUAUAUUAAUCUGAAGAGAUCACCUCUGUGUAACCAAAUGGGGCAACACGCUGUUUUUUCUUUAGGGAGAGUGGAGGCUCAGAAUGCUAGGAGAAGAGGACCGCUGUCAUCUAGUGGAUAUAAACUCUAACCAAUAGGCCACCACCUGAUCAGAUAAACUCUGGGUCUGAGACCUGUUCCAUCGGGAUAAUCUCAAUUGGAUACUCAAGUCCUCCUCUCUACCUUCUCAAAAUCCAUUGGAUGAGAAAGCUAGAUGUCCCGCCACUCAAACAUUCUCCUCCAACAGGUUAUGAGGAGAGGGAGAAAGGAUGUGAGGAGUAUGCAAUUCUCCCAUAGUUUAGUUUGGCAUUUCCUCAAUUUCUCCUGGCAUUGCAGUGCUUUCAUAAAGUAUUCAUGCCCCUUGACUUUUUCCACAUUUUGUUGUGUUACAGUCUGAAUUUAAAAUGGAUUAACUUGAGAUUUUGUGCCACUGGCCUACACAUAAUACCCCAUAAUGUCAAAGUGGAAUUGUUUUUUGAAAUUUGUUCACAUGAAUUAAAAAUUAAAAGCUGAAAUAUCUUGAGUCAAUAAGUAGAAUAUAAAAGCAGACACUGAAUAUCCCUUUGAGCGUGGUGGAGUUAUGAAUAACACAGUUUCAUUUAAUUUGUCAUUUCUCCCAAUUGGUAAUUAAUAUCUCAUCACUGCAUCUCAAUUACGGACUCAGGAUAGGAAAAGGUCAAGAGCUGAAACACAACCAAACCAAGCCGCACUGCCCACUUAACCUGGAAACUAGCCACACCAUUGUGUCAGAGGGAAACACUGUACACCGUGUCAGCAUGCAUGCACCCAGCAUGCCACAGGAGUCACUAGAGCGUAGUGGGACAAGGACAUCCCUACCAGCCAAACUCUUCCCUAACCCGAACGACGCUGGGCCGAUUGCGCGCCACCCCAUGGGUCUCCCGGUCGCAGCCGGCUGCAACAGAGCCGGCUGCUUUAGACCACCACGCCACUCAGGAGGCCCAUCAAUCACCCUUUGAUGGUGUAUUAAUACGCCCAGUCACUACAAAGAUACAGCGUUUUUCCUAACUCCGUUGCCAGAGAGGAAGGAAACCACUCAGGGAUUUCACCAUGAGGCCAACAGUGACUUUAAAACAGUUAAGAGUUUUAUGGCU